AUGCUGGGUCGUCUGAUUGCUAAAAACAUGAUACAUGAGGGAAACUCGCAUUCCGAGGAACCGUCGAUGCCUUUAACCCCGCAUUUAAACGACGAGGUUAAACAAAAGUUAUAUGGAACAAAGCAUCUCGACUGCACGGUUUCUUCUGUUGAUCGGUUCAGGAUAGUAGUUGCACAAGAGCUGGGCCAGUUAAUGAGCCGAUACAAUUAUCAGGUUGUUUUGGACUACGUAACCGCGCGCGGCUCGGCCAUGGAUCACAUAUCUGUUACUGAGUUAAAGGAAUAUAUUUUCGGUUCUCCCGUCAGAGCCAAGACCCGCCAUAAGAGUGAUAAAUUUCGCGUGGUAGCCAACGCAGGCGUACUUUUGGUUACUCGCGUUUUUUACGCUCCAAAUCGUGACACAAGACUGGCGAUAUGUCUUUCACUACCGGAGCCUUUUAUAACAGCACUAAGCGAGACUUGGAACCAGAUAAGUCGUUGGCUAGACGAAUGUCAGGCUCUGCUACUUGCCGUUUUAUCAAACGAAACCCUGGCGUUUCUUCCGCGAGAUUUGCGCGCCCACGAUCCACAAAUAUCACAAUCCAUUAUACAAUCUAUCCACACACUCGUGUUGCCGCUCAUGUCUUCACAUACUGAAAUUCCAAGACUUCUUUUAUAUCCAUCUUCACACAACCAAUUUCUUUCUAGCUGGUUUAAAGAUGUUUUUCACUGGCUCGAAAUAAAAGACGGACAUAGGCUACGAUUUUUGCCUGUCCUGUUUGCCAAAAUUGUACAAGAUUUUGCUGCAGAGCUCGCAUCAAGCGACUGCUCGCGUAUUGUUAUCAUAUCCGGUAACAUGGCCGUCGCCAACAAACUAAUCUUCAUAAUAUCUGCAUUACUUAGGCCACGCUAUAAUGGCUUAAUUCAUACCCUUGAUGAAAGUGACACCAACGUUCAACCUUUGAACAACGGGGCGAAUAAGCAAUCCUCACCACUGAAAAACAAUCCAGGGGCUCAAGAGAGCGAUUUCAAGUCUUACGGCACCAUUACAGGCAAGGGAUGGGAAAUACCCAAGAGAAAUACUUGUCCUAGCUCGACUAGUAUAUCUUCUGAUGAAACUUCCGCUCAGGUCAUCCAGCCUUCAUCUAUCAGGAGCAGCAGCAGUUCUUUACAAUACCUUUCGUCAUCUCUUUCCAGCGCCUAUGGGAGUUACGGUUCGUGGUUUGGAAAACGCAUGGGGAUAACCUCCGCCACCACCUCUGGUCCAAGUAUAGCUCACAAUAUGAAUCCCACGUAUAGUCCUUCUGCAAAACCGAGUGAUUUUUCUGACCACUCAAUUUUCCAGCUGCACAAUGGUAGUAAUAGCUCCUUACACCAAAUGCUAGCUAACCCUAAUCGAGUAACACCACUAGCUUCACCGCUGACAACGGAACAUGAGGAGUUUCCUUGGACGUCGAGCGCACCUAGCUCACCUCGCGGGGACCAUUUUCGACAGGGCUGGGCAUCGUGGUCGGGAUCUUUUCUGCAAAACGUAGACGUCAAGCGAAAUUGCAAUAGAAUCACCGACACCUCUAAUCUCGACAAGGCCUUCGAAUUUAUUUGCUUAUUUGAUUCCAAGAACUGCAGAACCACUAUAACGGAAGGAUCGGCCAAGCAUGCCCCGGUACUCGAAGUCCCUCUCAAUCCAGAGCAUCACGUAUUUUUGCCGUUCAGAGAAGAGUUACUACCGAAGUACACGUCGUAUCUGCCUAACUUUUCACCGUGGUUUCAGCUUCAGGGUUUCCCGAUUGCACUGGACGCCGAACGCAAAGUCUUGAACGCAAUGAAGGCGGACCUGCAUACCCACACUCACUCUCGCACGCUUCUUAUAUCGUUGCGCUCCCGUGAGAUUAAAGAUAUUACGGUGGAAAAAGACAUCGCAUCUUCAAAAAACCUACUCCGCACCAAGAAGGUCUUUUCGUCGGGAAAGUGCUGUAGCGUCUCCCCAAAGUUCCAACAGCUUGUCAUGUCAUGCGAAAGCAACAUUAAAAGGGCGAUGGCAAUAUGGGACGACAUUGGAAACCCUGUUGAUAAAAUAGGUGCUCUUCAACAAAUUUUUGAAGAUAUUUGCGGGUAG